GAUCCAGUUUUUUUUUUUUUUUUUUUUCUCCAACUUGAGGGAGUAUCUAGGAAUGCAGCCAGCCAGUCACAGAGGAAUGGGAAACUGAAGAGAGAAGGAACAUUUCGCUCCCGGAGAAAGAAGGACGGUUCAGACUUCAAGCUAAAACAACCCAACAUCCAACAUGGUUCAGUUCACAGAUCUCGAGAAGGCCAUCUCUACAAUGGUGGACGAGUUCCACAAGGCUGGCAGUGGAGCCACUCUGAAGGCGGACGAGUUCAAGGGACUGGUCUCCUCCCAGAUGCCCACAUUGGCCACGACCGUUGGCACGGACGCGGGAUGGAGCGAGAUGCUCCAGAAGAUGGGCGUGUCUGGCGAUGGGGAGGGCGUGUCCUUUGAGCGCUUCUGGAGUCUGAUCCAAUCACAAGCAACCCAGCAGUACGGUCUGAGCAGCCUCGACAAGGUGUCCAAAUGCAGCUGCAUCGUGCUGUAAGGGCCCGGGAUCCGGCACCUUUACCAUCUAUUCAUCUCGGCUUAGCCAUCCCAGCCUUCAACCGUCAGGCCGCCGGCAGGGCAGCAGUAACCCAUUAGUCCCAGGAGAGGACAAGCUCCCUGCCAGAGCCUGUACAAUUCGCCCUUUCUGAUUUGCAAUAGUGAAUGGCACCAGUUUCAGAUGUUUAAAAUUUUAACUUUCCAAAAAUACAAAAACCUAAACAAGAAAUUACAACAUAUAUUGCGACAAACGGUAUUUAACCAGAGAGAGCCAUUCCUGGGUUAUAGUUUUGUUUGGUUUCUCUAUAAUGUAGGCUUUCAGCAUCAUGAACUACACCCUUUCUCCGUGUCUGAAAUACAGCGACUACAAUUUCUUUACAUAAACAUAUCUGAAGUAAGCAUUCUGGUUCAUUUGAAGCAAACCUUUUCAUUACAUGUUCAUUAAAUGACAUCCAGCAAUAAUCAAGUUUACAGUAUUUUCUUUACUUGAGCAUUAAAGCUUUAAGAUAGAGGUAUAUUCUAAUUAACCCUGAAGUAAUAAACAACAGGUCAUGCAUAUUGGAGUUCAACUCAAAUGCAGUUUGGGAUUAUCUCAUUUAAGUGUUAGAAUUUGAAUGAAAGACUCAAGACUAAUUCCUUCGCCAAAUUUGUGUACAAUAGAAAGUUGUGUUUGUUCUUUUGCUCCUCAAUAUGACUUUUAAUCUGUAUUUAUACAACGAUGUUAUCUGUGUACUGGCCAAUGUGACACCAUAGGAUACCUUACACCAUUUAUUAAAUAAACAUUUGAAGAAAGUAAAGUAGCCCAAAGAAUUUAUUUUUGGUUUAAAUGAUUGGGAUGUCUUCAAGCUUUAUCAUUUCAUCAAAUGUGGCAAUAUGAAGAUAUUAGUGCAAAGGUUUCGUACAACACUCGAUACUCAUAGACAUGCCUGAAUAUUACAGUUUGGGCAAAUUUGCAUUUUUGUAUUGUUUAUACAGUUUCUUGAUAUGCAACCUUUCUUUGAAUACUCAAUUACAUCCUGCACCUUUAUUUCAUUAAAGACAAACACACAAUUAUA